AUGGCCCGGUGGUCGUCGUGCAUGGCGCUGCUCGUCCUCGCCGUCGCCGCGCAGCUCGUCGCGGCCGACCUGUCGCCGGGAUACUACGGCAGCAGCUGCCCCAGCCUGGAGAGCAUCGUGCGCGGCGUGGUGACGCAGAAGAUGGACGACACCAUCCGCACCAUCGGCUCCACCAUCCGCCUCUUCUUCCACGACUGCUUCGUCGAGGGUUGCGACGCGUCGGUGCUGAUCCGGUCGACGCCGGGGAGCCCGACGGAGAUGGACGCCGACGACAACAAGUCGCUGGCGUUCGAGGGCUACGAGACGGUGAGGAUCGCCAAGGAGGCCGUGGAGGCCGCGUGCCCCGACCUGGUGUCCUGCGCCGACAUACUCACCAUCGCCACACGGGACGCCAUCGCCCUGAGCGGCGGGCCCUUCUACCCAGUGGAGCUGGGCAGGCUGGACGGCCUGAGCUCCACGGCCAGCAGCGUGGCCGGCAAGCUGCCGCAGCCCACCAGCACCCUCAACCAGAUGGUCGCCAUGUUCAGAGCGCACGGGCUCAACAUGUCCGACAUCGUCGCCAGCGGCGCACACCGUGGGGCUGGCGCACUGCGGCAAGUUCAGGGAGCGGGUGUACGGCAGCCCGGCGGACGCGACGCUGAACCCCAAGUACGCGGCGUUCCUGAGGACCAAGUGCCCCGCCGACGGCUCGUCGGACCCGAUGGUGCUCAUGGACCAGGCCACGCCGGCGCUCUUCGACAACCAGUACUACCGGAACCUGCAGGACGGCGGGGGGCUGCUCGCCUCCGACCAGCUCCUCUACAACGACAACCGCACGCGGCCCCUCGUCAACGCGUGGGCCAACAGCACGGCCGCCUUCAGCCGGGGCUUCGUGGCCGCCAUGGUCAAGCUCGGCCGCGUCGGGGUCAAGUCCGGCAGCGACGGCAACAUACGCAAGCAGUGCGACGUCUUCAACUGAUGGCGAGAGGGAUCGAUCGAUCGAUGCGUUGGUGUACACCGGGGUUACCACGCUGGCUGAAUUAG